AUGUCGUUCCUUGUCAGCCCGUUUUCGCGCCCGUCGAGAGCGCACAAUGCGUGGUUCUGCGCCGGUCCCGCGUCAUCGUAUCCAAACCUCGACGAUACGGUGCGCGUGGGGGAGCGGCGGUCAUGCGGCGCAAAUUUCGUGCCUGGUUGUCGCGUAUUCCACGUGCCUCAGGAUGACAGCUCCAACGCAACAGAGGUGGCCAUUGAUGAUUGGAAGGAUCCGGAGCUUGGGGGAAACUCAAAAGACCAAGUCAUGGUGUUUCAGUACAGGGGCAAGUUUGUUGCUGUAAACCACGAAUGCCCGCAUUCGUCGUAUCCUCUUUCCAACGGCGUGCCUUUUGACAUAGAGGACUUUGGCGUGGUGCUGAGUUCUGGAAUUCAAUGCCCCAAGCAUGACUGGUCGUUUGAUCUCCACACGGGACGCUCCGACAGAGGCAGUUACAAGCUUCAGGUCUGGGAAGUCCAACAACAAGCCGGUGCCGAAGGCAACGAAAUAUGGGUAAGAAGAAAGCAGAGAAUCGGGUGAAGCAUUUCACUUGUCGUGGCGGGUAGCUGUGUACUACCAAGGAAGAAAAUUUCAAUCAUCUACAUGAA